CAUGUUUAAUUGUUCUCCGAAGUAAUCUCCGAUCAUCAAAGUCUUCUUGUCCUCAGCAAACCAAGGUCAUUGCGGAGUUCUUUAUUGUUUUAGCUCUAGAAUCUUAUAUAUUAUUCUGGUGCAAUUUUUUUUUUUUAUGUAAACAUCAUGAGCGUAUGUUUAAGAACUUGUACAAAUACAGCAUGAAAUGAUGCAAUUCAAUUGCUUAUUAACAAAUACUCUUCCUCCAUGUUUGAAGAUUGAUGACACAAAGAUUGGAAGCUAUAGGUAGCAAAAAAGGCUUCACAUUCGAUGAUGGUUCUGACCAUGACGGUGUUUCCAAGAUUUUUGUUGGAGGUGGUCUUCAAGGAAUUCUGUACAUGGAGUUUGAAUAUGUAAACAGUGGACUGCUGAAAUUUGGAACACUUGUUGGUCGUCGACAUAGAGGUUUCAUAGAGACGUUUGAGAUUAACCAUCUCAACAAUGAAUAUCUCGAAUCUAUAGAGGGCUUCUACGACCAUGAAUCUGGUUACAUUCAAGGACUUCAAUUUAAAACAAAUUUUAGGAUUUCAGAACUAAUUGGAUAUGAUAAGGGUAACAAGUUUACACUUGCAGUCGAGGGAAAGAAUAUCAUUGGGUUCCAUGGCCAUAUGAGGAAUAGAAAUAUUAUCUCCCUUGGAGCAUAUUUCACUUGGAAUCAUCCUACAAGAUUCAAAGCAAAAGGUAGCAAGGGAGGCCAUAAGUGGGAUGAUGGAGCUGACCAUGAUGGUAUAGCAAAGAUUCAUGUACGAGGUGGUUUUGAAGGCGUUCAAUAUAUCAAAUUUGAUUAUGUCAAUAGUGGAAAAGCCCAAGAAGGAUCAAUCCAUGGUUUCUCGGGUAGCGGUUUCACGCAAACGUUUGAGAUCAACUAUCUUUACAAUGAACAUCUAGUAUAUGUUGAGGGUUACUACGACGUUGCAUCUGGUGUUAUCCAAUCACUUCAAUUUAAAACUAACUUCAGGACUUCGGAGAUGCUAGGAUAUGAAAAGGGUAAGAAGUUUUUACUUGGAGACAAGGGGAAAAAAAUUGUUGGCUUUCAUGGAUAUGCUGACAAGUAUCUCUACUCUCUUGGAGCAUAUUUCACAACGGUUCCCAUUAGCAAAUCAGAAUGUCGCGGUGGUACUGGAGGCAUAUCUUGGGAUGAUGGUGUUUUCGAGAGCAUAAGAACGGUGUAUGUUAGUUAUAAUACCACUAACAUAAAGAGUAUAACAUUUCACUACCACAACCGCACAGUUGUAGAGCGACAACACGGGUGGCAAAGUAUACAAGACGAAGGAGAAGAAGAAGAGUUUGAGCUCGACUAUCCAAACGAACUGAUCACUUAUGUGGAGGGGACAUUCAAAACCUUUGGGCCUAGCGAUACGAGGGUUACGUCAUUGAUUUUGAAAUCAUCCGAAGGGAGAACCUCUCCAACAUUUGGAAAUGUGUCUGGUACCAAAUUUGUGUUGGAGAACAAAGGAUGUGCUGUCGUUGGGUUCCAUGGACGACACAAUGAUCGUGAUCUCGUUGCUAUUGGGGCAUAUUUUAGUCAGAUACCUCCUCCCACUGCAGAGAAACUACGACCACAAGGUGGUUAUCAAGGAGGUUCAUGGGACGAUGGUGUUUACGAUAAUGUUAGAAAGAUAUAUGUAGGAAAAUGCGAAAAUGGUAUCGCAUUCCUCAAGAUUGUGUACGAUAAGGAUACUCGAAUGGUUAUUGGAGAUGAUCAUGGAAACAAAACACCAUUAGAUAUCAAAGAGUUUGAGGUCGAAUAUCCAAGUGAAUACAUUACGGCCGUGGAUGGUUGUUACGACAGAGUAAUUGGAAGUGAAGUCGAAGUUAUAACUAUGCUUAGGUUUAAGACGAACAAACGAACAUCUAUACCCGUUGGAUUUGAAUCUACCUCAAGCUUUCUACUCUACAAAGCAGGCUGCAAAAUUGUUGGAUUUCAUGGAAAAGCAAGUAACAUGAUUAAUCAACUCGGGGUCCAUGUUGUGCCCUUCACCGAGUGAUCAUCUUCUAGUCUCCAUUGUUGUCAUAAGUAUGCAAUCUCUCAUGUAAUAACAAUCACCUUCAUGAGA